GAAUUCAAGAAUAGAUACAGAUUAACUUUCAAAAAAAAAGAUACAGAUUAACUGAAUUUAAACCCAAUAUUCUUUCUGUCAAGUUUCUUGCUUGUCACAUUCAACCUUUUCUACAGGACCCCUUCACAAAAUUUACAGAAACAGAGCUUGAAUAUUUUGGAAAUAUUCUUGUUUUUCACCAUCUAUGCAACUUUAACUAUAAACUAUCAGAUAUCAAAGCCCCACUUUGCUUCAUUUUCAAUACCCUUUUUCUCUUUUCUCUGAUCAUCCUACAUCAUCAUCUUCUUCUUCAACAGCCAACAGAGAGCACCUAGGGUUUCAAGAACUUGGUAUUCAGCUGUUUAAGACAAAACCCAGCCAAAAGAGGAAGCCUUUCAAUUUUUACAACACUAAUGUAUUGAAACACUAAUGGCGACCGAAAGCCCGAUUCCGAUCAUUGAAGCAAGUGGGAAAUGGGGAUCUGCAAAUAUGGGAAUUGAGGAUUUGGAAUCGGUGUUAACGAGCCAAAGAUUCCAAAGACGAAAGGGUACUUUACCACCUAUUCGAAGUGGAAGUGCUCCUCCAAGCUUUGAAGGUUCAUAUGCAGCCUUUCAAAACCUCUUGUUUAGACAAAACCCAAAUAAUACGGGGAUUUCUGAGUCUGAAGAACAGCUCCAGGCCGGUCCAUCGUAUUUAGAGUAUUUUGGGGAAAACCGAUAUCUUUUUCGUAAUGUACGAGGUACCGGAAGUAAUAAGAGGUUGGCGUCUUUUGAUGUUCCUUCUAGCAGCUCGAUAUGGUCGGAUCAUAGUUUUCUUUCGGCUCACAGUGAAGAGUCAUCGGUUAAUGAAUCACCAAGACUGGAAGAUCUUUCUCAGGCGCAGUCGUCUGCGUCUAAUCACUCUUACCCUUUCAUUGAAGAACGAAAUGCGGAAGCAGGUUCACCAUCAAUGGACCGUAUAGGGGGCAAUAUGGUAGUUAAUUCACCCUUGAACACAAGCUUAAAUACUCGCCCACAAGAGCAUGGUUCCAUCGAUGGUGUCGCUGAUGCUGAUGUUUCGGCUAUAAGAAAUGGAAUGAUUUCGCUGGAUAUUUCCAAUUUUCUAAAAUUAGAAAAUGAAAAUGUCCAUGUGGGCCCCCACCCUCAAACCGUACCAUUGACACAACCUUACUUCGGCACAAAUCAAUUUCCUCAAAAUCCAACCCAUUUUUCACCUGAGGUACAACCGAUAUUCCAGCCACAUUAUGCAACUCAUCCAGGGUAUACGAGUCCCGAGACACCGCUUUACCCGAAUAUGUUGCCAACUGGAUAUUUCCCUCAACCGUACGCGAUAGGGGGAUAUGCUUUCAACCCGCCACCCGUUUCACCUUAUGCAACUGGAUAUCUUCCUAACAACCUGUUUCCGGUGCCUUUUGGCAUCAUGGUUCCAAGCUUUAAUGGUCAAGGUCAAAGUCAAAGUCAAAGUCAAACUUCAGGAGCCAAUGUGCAACAAGCUAACAACUUCUAUGGGCAUUUUGCGUUACCCUUAUUGUCGCAAGAUCAUAUAUUACAAUCUUUGGGGCUCGUGAGCCAUGUUAACUUGAGUUCAAGAAGUGUAGGUACCACAAAUCCUUAUUAUCUCGGGAGCCCGACAUAUAUGGAUUUCGCGCAAUUUCCGAAUCCGCCCUCCGCUAGUCCGUUAUUGCCGGAAUCUCCUAUAAGUGGGGUCAGUUACCAUGGUAGGAGAAAUGAAAGUGUGUACGGUGGAUGGAAAGGGCAUACUGACCCGAAAACGAAUUCACUUCUUGAACAGUUGAAAACGAGUAAAGGUCGAAGGUUGGAGCUAUCGGAAAUUUAUGGACACAUUGUUGAAUUUAGUGUUGACCAAUAUGGUAGCCGAUUCGUCCAACAGAAGCUCGAAGUUUGUAGUAAUGAGGAGCGGGAAGCUAUAUUUAAAGAAGUUUUUCCUCAUGCUUCAAAGCUGAUAACCGAUGUUUUCGGAAACUAUGUGAUUCAGAAGAUUCUUGAGUACGGAAAUGCGCAACAGAAGAGGGAGUUUUGGAAACAACUUGAAGGUCACAUAUUGCCUUUAAGUCUGCAGAUGUACGGUUGCCGUGUGAUACAAAAGGCCCUUGAAGCCUUUGAGCUAGAACAAAAAAUCAAAAUCGUACGCGAACUGGAAGGAAAUAUCUUUGAAUGUGUUCGUGAUCAAAAUGGAAAUCACGUGAUACAAAAGUGUAUAGAAUGUUUGCCAACCGAAAAUACCAAGACAAUGAUAUUAUCGUUUCGUGGACAAGUUGAAUUAUUGGCAAAACAUCCUUACGGUUGCCGUGUCAUACAGAGGGUAUUAGAGCAUUCAACGGACGAAGUACAAAGCCGAUUCAUAGUGGACGAGAUCUUGGAGAAUGUUUAUGUUCUUGCACAAGAUCAGUAUGGCAAUUAUGUAACUCAGUAUGUGUUGGAGGCGGAGAAACCAGAGGUGAGAAGCCAGAUAGUAGACAAAUUGUUGGGCCAUAUAGUGCGAUUAAGCCAACACAAAUAUGCCUCAAAUGUUGUCGAAAAAUGUUUGGAAUAUGGUGAUGAAGCUAUAAGAAAAAUCCUAAUUGAAGAGAUUAUUGAAUGUGCUGAUGGCAAUGAUAACUUAUUGGUGUUGGUGAAAGACCAAUAUGCAAAUUAUGUGGUCCAAAAGGUUCUUCAAAUAUGUAGCGACCACCAACGGAAAGUGUUGCUUAGUCGUAUGAAAGGUCAUCUGAAUUUGUUGAAGACAUAUACUUAUGGGAAACAUAUCGUUGCUCGCUUUGAACAAUUGUAUGGUGAAGAAAUUGCGGCGUUGGGUUCAAACAUGAGCGAUGGCAAAUCUGUAUAGUUCCGGUCAAAGUGUUGAUCAUGCACAUGCCGGCUAUUAGACUUAAACAACCAUAGAAAGUUAUUAAAAGUUGCGCUUUAGGAUGCGUUUACAUAUUGAAAUCUUUUAUAGUUUGAUACAUAGUAUAAGGGGGAUUAGUCAAAAUAGAAAUCCUUCUUAGUGAUGUAAAUAGCUAAAUUACAUGUUUUUAAAGGUGUGUGGUUCAACUUUUA